CACUGGCUAAAUGAGGAAAUUCCUUGUGCCUUUUGUUGUGGAGACUGAUUGUAAUUAUGACUGGGGGCGUAUUGUGUCAACAGAGAGGGCAUUUCAUAUUCCGCCCAGGCAGCUGGUCGCAUAAGCGUAACUGGUUUUUGCUGUUAGCCUUUUUGGCGCGCCCCUCGCCCAUGUCGCUGUCAAACUAACCGCAGGCGAGGCAGCCGCUACAGCAAAAGCAAAAGCAACAGCAACAGCCACAGAAGCAACAAAGGCAAAAACAAAGAAAAAUGAAAGCAAAAAACGUAGCUGGCACACCGUGAACACUCCUUAAUUAAUUUCCAUGCGAAUGCGGUCAGGACAAGCUGGAGCCACGCGCUGCUGUCGCUGCAAAAGGCGCCGCAGGAUGUGUUUUGGCGCUGCCCAUCGACCCGCACAGCCUGAUCCCAGUUUAACGUUGUUUCAUGCAAAGUUGUUGUCCUGUCCUGUCCUGUCCUGGCCUGGCCUCGCCUGGCCCUGGCUUGGCUUGGCUUGGCGCUGCGCUGUUUUGUCAGUCGCUCAGCGUUAGCAGAGGCCAGCAGUUGGUUUUGCCUAGCCUUAUCCCGUCCAGCCACAAAAUGGGCAACAAAAUUGUGACAUUCACCGAACAGCAAUUGGAUGACUAUCAGGAUUGCACGUUCUUUACACGCAAGGAGAUAUUGCGCGUGCAUAAACGCUUUCGUGAGCUGCGGCCGGAUUUGGUGCCACGCCAAAUGACCGAGGGUCAGGCAUCGAGUGUCAAGGUUCCACGCGAAUGCAUUGAGAAGAUGCCCGAGUUGCGUGAGAAUCCAUUUCGGCGACGUAUCUGCGAGGCCUUCUCACGCGAUGGCCUGGGCAAUUUAUCCUUUGAGGACUUUUUGGAUGCUUUAUCCGUGUUUAGCGAGCAGGCGCCGAGAGAUAUUAAAGUGUUUUACGCUUUCAAAAUUUAUGAUUUCGAUCAGGAUGGUUUCAUUGGGCACGCCGACCUGAUGUCCUGCCUGACGACGAUGACCAAGAACGAGCUCAGUCCCGAGGAGCAUCAACAGAUUGCCGACAAGGUAAUCGAGGAAGCGGACGUCGAUGGCGAUGGCAAGCUGUCCAUAUUGGAGUUCGAGCAUGUCAUCUUGCGGGCGCCAGACUUUCUAUCCACCUUCCACAUACGCAUCUAGAUGUUGCAAGUUGCUAUUGCUGCAGUUGUUGUUGCUGUUGCAAGUUGUUGUUGUUGUCUGCCACAUCACAUAAAAAUGCCAUCAGCGUGAUUAAGUCUCGGCCAACCCGGGAUCCAGGAUCUGGCCAAUUGUCGUGACAAUGUGCAUGUCAAAUGUCACCCAGCUGCAGUUGUUAUAAAAUUUAUAAGCCAACUAUGUGUGUGCGUGAGGUGUGUGUGUGUGUGUCAUGAGGUGCACGUCAGCGAUACCCUAUAAUGUAAACAUAUAUUAAUGCCUGAAGUAAUAAAGUUGCUUAAACCUAGAAAUUAUAUCUAUUUACA